UUUUCGUGGAUUAUUGUGUGGAAAACUAUAAAUUGUGGCUUGGCCGCCUGUGGUGUUUAGACGACCAGGUGGAACGGAGACUGUCAUUGGGCAGUGCUGCCGCUUAAUUCUUUAUUUCCAUCUAAAGUCUUUCAUAUAAUAAGGCAACAUGAAGAGUGCAGAAGUGAGGCAAAUGUUCUUUGACUACUUCCAGAAGAAACACAACCACAUUUAUCAGCACAGCUCCCCAACCAUUCCCCAUGAUGACCCUACCCUGCUCUUUGCUAAUGCAGGCAUGAACCAGUUUAAGCCUAUCUUUGUAGGCAGUGUGGAUCCCAACAGUGACAUGGCCAGCCUCGUGCGAGCUGUCAACUCUCAGAAGUGCAUCCGUGCCGGUGGAAAACACAACGACCUGGAUGAUGUUGGCAAGGAUGUCUAUCACCACACUUUCUUUGAAAUGUUGGGUAACUGGUCCUUUGGGGAUUACUUUAAGAAAGAGGUAUGUUCUUGGGCUUGGGAUCUCCUAGUAAACUGGUACAAGCUGCCUGAAGACUGCCUGUAUGUUACAUAUUUUGGUGGUGAACCAAAACAGGGCCUUCAGCCAGAUUUGGAGUGUAAACAGAUCUGGCUAGACAUAGGUGUGAAAGAGAAUCGUAUAUUGCCUGGAGAUAUGAAGGAUAACUUUUGGGAAAUGGGUGACACUGGUCCUUGUGGCCCGUGUUCUGAAAUUCACUUUGACCGUAUCGGUGGACGCCACGUUCCUCAUCUCGUCAACAUGGACGAUCCUGAUGUAUUAGAGAUAUGGAAUCUGGUGUUCAUGCAGUUCAAUAGGGAAUCGGAUGCAUCACUAAGGCCGCUACCUAAAAGACACAUUGACUGUGGCAUGGGCCUGGAACGCCUUGUAUCUAUUCUUCAGCACAAAAAUUCUAAUUAUGACACUGAUCUUUUUGUACCCAUUUUUGAAGCUAUCCAGAAAUCAUCAGGUAAUAGACCUUACUCUGGUAAAGUUGGGAAAGAUGAUGUUGAUGGUAUCGAUAUGGCUUAUAGGGUGUUGGCCGAUCAUAUCCGAACUCUGACGAUAGCUUUGUCUGAUGGUGGCAUGCCCGACAAUGUAGGAAGGGGUUAUGUUCUACGCAGGAUUUUGAGGCGAGGUAUCCGUUACGCUUCAGAGAAGCUAGGAAUGAAACCCGGAAUGUUUGCCAAUCUUGUUGAUGUAGUGGUUGAGUCACUACAGAAUGCAUUCCCGGAGGUUUCUAAAGAUCCAGAGUUUAUUAAAGAUGUGAUCAAUGAAGAAGAACUACAGUUUCUGAAAACGUUAGACAGGGGACAGAAAUUGUUGGGUCGCACAAUAUGUAAGCUGGGUGGUGUUCAGGUGGUGCCGGGCGACGUGGCCUGGAGACUAUACGAUACUUAUGGAUUCCCAGUUGAUCUUACUCAGCUAAUGGCAGAAGAAAGAGGCCUGACUGUUGACAUGGGAAUCUUUGAAGAAUGUAAGAAAGCUGCUCAGGAAAAAUCAAGAGGAGGGAAUAAGGAUAAGGAUAAUUCCUUUAGAUUAGAUGUUCAUGCCAUUGAAGACCUCAAGAACAAGAAAGUGCCUUUUACUGAAGACAAUUUAAAAUACAAAUACUCAGCAGGAGAAUCUCCAGAGUCAAAAUAUGAAUUUCAGUUUUGUUGUGGAAAAAUUUUUGCCAUUAAAUACGACAACCAAUUUGUAGACAGAGUUACAUCUGGUAAUAGGUGCGGCAUCAUUCUCGACAAGACCUGCUUUUAUGCCGAGAGUGGUGGUCAGAUAUAUGAUGAAGGGUUUAUGGUCAAAAUCAACGAUGAAGAGACAGAAUUUAAAGUUGAGUCAGUAGAGGUUAAGGGUGGCUAUGUUUGCCACAUUGGUGUUGUGGAAGGUACAUUAAAUGUUGGGGACGAUGUAAACCUGAGUUAUGAUGGAGAACGCAGAAGACACCUCAUGAAUAACCACACAGGCACACACAUUCUCAAUUUUGCUUUACGACAAGUCCUUACUGCAGAGGCAGACCAGCGGGGCUCCCUAGUAGCUCCUGAUAGACUUCGAUUUGAUUUUUCUAACAAAGGCGCCAUGACUGUAGAUCAAGUGAAGAAAACAGAAGAGAUUGCCAGAGAAAUGGUUAAAGAAAAUAAGUUGGUGUAUGCAAAAACUGCACCUCUCACACAGGCAAAAAAUAUCCAGGGUCUGCGUGCAAUUUUUGGAGAAAUGUACCCGGACCCAGUGAGAGUGGUUUCUGUAGGUAUUCCAGUUGAAACUUUAGAGGCUGACCCUGCAAGUCCAGCUGGAAAUAAGACCAGCAUUGAGUUUUGUGGAGGAACACAUCUCCACCGCACUGGACACAUAAGAGACUUUGUCAUUCUCAGUGAGGAAGCGAUUGCAAAGGGGAUCCGGCGCAUUGUUGCUUUAACUGGUACAGAAGCCAUUAAAGCCUUAAACAAAGCUUCACACCUUGAGAAUGAGGUCAGUAAGCUCAAGAAAAGGAUAGAAGGAAAUAGUCUUCCAUUCAAAGAAGUUGUUCGUCUUCUCACUGAAAUGUUAACGGAUAUCAACCAUGCCCAUAUCCAGCACUGGAAGAAGGAAGAGUUGCGUAAGACAGUUGAAGCCAUCAAAAAAGUUCAGGGUGAUAGUGACAGAGCACGAAAAACAGCAGUAUCAAAGGAAGCCAUUCAAAUUACAAAGAAUAUGCUGGCAGCUAACACCAACAUCCCUUACUUAGUGACUGAAAUCAAAGCUUUUGCACAGAAUAAGGUAAUUAAUGAUGCUUUGAAGGAGGUAAAAAAUGGACCUCCAUCUCUGUUCAUUAGCACCGAUGAAGAUACCGGAAAAAUUCUCGCCAUGGCUUCUGUUCCAAAAGAUGUUGUUGCCAAAGGUUUAAAAGCUGAUGAAUGGGUUAAGAAUAUGACUACACUCCUGAAUGGUAAAGGUGGUGGCAAACCCGAGUCAGCUCAGAUCAGCGGUACCAAUGUAAAAGCUCUGAAGGAGGCUCUAGUGGUUUCAGAGAAAUUCGCACAAGAGAAAUUAGGUUGUGAACCAGUCCUGCUAGCUGCUCCCCAAGCACUUGCUUCUGUUUUUAGUCAAUUCAAGGAAACUAAGGAUAAGGAGGAAAAAGAUUUGAAGAAAACUGUACAAAAACAAGUUGGUGAGGCAGUGACAGAUGGAGUUGUGCUUCACACUUACCCCAACAACAUUCGUGCAUUUCCAAGUCUAAUAGCUGCUGAAUAUUCUGGGAAGGGAGUCACAGUUUCUGAGAAUUUCAAGGCUGGAGCUUCAAAUAUCACUGAAAAUUAUAUUUCUCAGUUUGGCUCCAGUGUAGUGCCUGCCUUAGAAACUCCGCAUGGCUCCAUGGUAGGGAGUAUAGCUCCAGCUUGGUAUCUUGCACCAGAUGCCCUUAAGGGGUCUAGUUAUGUUGACCAAGGGCAAGUAUUAAGUUGGAUGUCAACUGCCGACUCACUAUUGCUGCCUCUUGUGUGCUCAGGAAUGAUUUCUCCGACUAAGACAAAAAAAGCCGGUGCUGGUGAAGCAGCCAUGAACGAGCUGCAGAAACUUAACGUUUACCUUCGGGAUCACACCUUCUUAGUCGGGGAGAGGGUGUCACUCGCUGAUAUCAGUGUGUUUGCUUCGCUGAUACCUGCUUUUCAGAAUGGGUUGGGCGCUGCUGCUAUGAAAAAAUUACCUUGCCUGAAUCGUUGGUUCAACACCAUUUUACACCAGCCUCAGGUUACUCAAGUUGUUGGUUCUCUUACUAUAAAAUAGCCAGUGUAAUGUAUAGUACAGUAUGCUAAUCAAAGAAACUCCAGUGACUGAAAUGCUACUUUAAACCAGUCAUAAUUAUGUUGUACAAAAAUGGAAAAUUAUGUUCAGUGCUUGAGGUACUGUAUUGAAAUAUUAAUGGUUAGAAUUGUUAUAUUCUUGAAAGUGUAUACACUGUUUUCUUAUUAUAUGUUAAAAAAUUUAAAUGACGUGAGUCAACAACAAUUCAAUAGAUUAAUUUGCAAAAUGGAGAAACUAUAAUCUAUAACAGAAUCUUCAGUUGGGAAUAACCAGGGAAAAUUUGAUCAACCGUCUGUCACUCCUAAAGCACUUUGUGGUCUCAAAUUUAUCUGAAGUAUUUGUUAUAACUGGAAUCUGAAAUUUUAUAAGGUCAAAUACAAAAUUAGUAGUUCCCUGUACUUAUUUUUUUUAAGGUAAAGGAUAUCUAGAAGGUUGUUUUAUUACUGUUGAUACACCACGAAUAUAUCAGUUUAAUAAAUAAAGUAAAAAAAAUA